AUGUCCAAGUCGGCGUCAGCGAGUGCUGUGCCCACAAUCGAGCGCCUCUCGCUCGGGUCGGCUGCAGCUUCACCCGGCACGAGACCGUCGCACGCGCUCCCGAACCUCGUCGCACCGGCAUCAGCAUCAGCAGGCGAUGGCAGCUACACCGGCUCCUCGGCGUCGCUGAUCACGCCGGACGUGCUCGCUCUAGCUACGCCUCCAGUACAUCAGGUUGAUGCUCAGGCGCUGCACACACUAGCGACCGAGAUGGUGGCGACGCUGAUCCACAGCUCGCGAUUUGUGGCGCGCAAGCAAGCGCUCGCGCGCGAAGAGCUCCAGCUCGCCGGUAUCAACCUCCCCACGCCCUCUCGGUCCGCCACCGCCCCCAUCACAACCACUGUGGCAUCCUCACAACCUUCGGCCGCAGCUGCGCACACGGAGGUGGUGCGGCAGGUGUCGGGCGUCGAGUCGGCGGAGACGCUGGGCGAGAUCGAGUCGAUGCUCACGGCUCGUCUGGAAUCGAUCGGCUACAAUGUCGGCUACCACAUGGCAGAGAAUCUCGCACGCGACCGGGCGCGAUUCAGCGAUACGCUCGACGUGCUCAAGUUUGUGUGCAAGGAAGUGUGGACGGCGGUGUGGGGCAAGCAGGUGGACAACCUACGCACCAACCACCGUGGCGUGUACGUGCUGCACGACAACCACUUCCAGCCGCUGCGCCACGUCUCGACACCGCAUGGCACACACGUCACUGCCAGGGAGGCAAGGGUGUACCUCGCGUAUCCGGUGGGCAUUGUCAAGGGCGCGCUGGCGCAGCUCGAUGUGCCAAGUGCCGUGGUGGCCGAAUCCAACCAGGCGCCACAGUGCACGUUUCACGUAAAGACGCAAAAGAUGGCGCAGAGCGCACCACCGCCGCAACCGCAACCAGGGGCGCCGCCUGCACAGCGUGCGUAG